AUCUCUUGUAUCAGUUAUUUCGGUUAGAUUUCUGUUAAUUGUGAUAUGGGUUCACACCAUCUUUUAUCUUUAUCUUCUUAUUUACAUAAAGAGCAUGUUAGCUGUCGUUACCUUAACAGUUAUGUCUACAUCUCCCAAAACCAGAAAAAUCCGAAGCCCAUUAAUUCAGUUCCUCGUUCUUCGAUCUCCCUGUGGGCGCGCACAAAUCCGGAUUACCCACCAAAAAUUUCCCCCCAAUUUCCUGCAUGGCCAAACCUCGCCCAUACCCAGUUAUAUAUAUUAAUCUUUGUUUCAAUUUCAGAAGUAGCAGCUUAUCGGAAUCGGGGUUUGAUUCUUCUGAAGCUUCUUCGGUCUUUAAUGGCGGUGUUGAAAGGGAAAUACAUCAAGUUUCAGGGCCGGAAAUGGUCCACAUUCAAGCUUUCCAAGAUAGUCAUGGCCUUGCUUUUGGCACUUGGGAUUUCCAUGUUCAUCGCUUUCCGAUUCUUCUCUCCUACUGAAAGUUCUCAUAGCAAUCUACUCCACCGGCUCGCUUCCGUCCAGCAUAGAGCCGUUCAUAGUGAUGGAUUGGGGAAGAGAGAGGAUCAAUGGGUUGAGUUCAUUUCAUGGGAGCCUAGGGCUUUUGUUUAUCACAAUUUCUUGUCCAAGGAAGAAUGCUUGUAUUUGAUUAGUCUUGCAACACCUUACAUGAAAAAAUCAACUGUGGUUGAUAUAAAAACUGGCAAGAUUAAAGAUAGCAGGACGCGCACCAGUUCCGGGAUGUUUCUGAAUAGAGGGCAGAACAAAAUUGUCAGCAACAUAGAGAAAAGAAUAGCAGAUUUUACAUUCAUUCCCGUAGAGCAUGGAGAAGCACUUCAAAUUCUGCACUAUGAAGUCGGCCAGAAGUAUGAUGCUCACUAUGAUUUCAUUUCUGAGGAGUUCAUCCGAAAAGGAGGCCAAAGAAUAGCCACUCUUCUCAUGUAUCUGUCAGACGUCGAAGAAGGGGGUGAGACAGUGUUCCCAGCAGCCGAAGGGAACUUCAGCUCUUUGCCCGGGUGGAAUGAACUGUCUGAAUGUGGUAAAGGUGGACUAUCUGUAAAACCAAAGAUGGGUGAUGCAUUAUUGUUCUGGACCCUGAGGCCUAAUAAUACCUUAGAUCCUACAAGUUUGCAUGGUGCUUGCCCUGUCAUAAGAGGGAACAAGUGGUCAUGUACAAAGUGGAUGCAUGUUAAUGAAUACUAAUUCAAACGGUGGAAUGAAAGGCAUACAUCUUAACUGGCUACUCAUUUGGAUGAAGAUGGCCGUUUCGAGAUUGUUUCGUUAUGUGGAUCUUAUGUACGAGCUGACACUGGAGGAAAGACGGGUGGUCUUAGCGUAUGUUUGUCGAGUGCUGAUGGCUAUAUCAUAGGAGGGGGAGUUGGUGGACCGUUGAAGGCCGCUGGACCCGUGCAGGUUAACAUACAGGACGAGACGAGACAAGACGUGACUGCACAACCGCUGCAACGCCAGCAAUCUUCGCGUCACUGUGUUAGCUAAUUCUGUGGUUGUAGUAUGCUCCAUACUGUACAGGUGAUAGCAAACUCAUCAGAAGUUAUUAUCCAUCCACCUUUCAUGGUGUAUUUGCAUGUUCUAAUUCUAAUUCUCCUGUUUUUCUAGUGAUUUAGUAUCAAAUCUCACUUUUUUUUAUCACAUUAUAUUUGGUUUGAACGUUUUGGCCGACCAUCUUGAAGUUCGAUGGUCGGUGGGGUGAGCUAAAAUACUUAACUCUCGGUUUGAUUUACAUACAUUAUAAAAUAGCGAGUAAAUAACUUCAUUGUA